AUGGAUCCAUCUGAAGUAACGGUGCUGGUUGUGGAAGAUGAUGAGUUUACACGCAUGGCUACUAUUGAUAUUCUAAAGUCUUGUCGUUAUACAGUAUUUGCAGUAGAGGAUGGACAACAAGCACUGGAUCUAUUAGUGACCAAUCACGCCAAGUUUGAUCUGGUACUGUGCGACGUUAUGCUACCUGUGAUGACGGGCAUUGAGCUCUUGGACGGGAUCCAGAAGCUUAGCGCUACUCUUGGCCAUAUUCCUAUUGUUAUGACCUCGAGUAAUGAAGAAAUGGACGUUGUUACAUCCUGUCUUAGCAAAGGCGCUAAGGAUUAUCUCAUCAAACCUAUUCAAGUAAAUACAGCCAAGACACUUGUGCGUCACGUCUGGUUAAGUCGUCGUCUUGAACGCACUUCCAAUAAAAGCAUGUGGCAGGAUAUUGAGGUUAUUCGCACUAUUGGAAAGGGUACACAUGGCACUGUAGUGUUGGCACGGCGUAACUUGGACAGAGCCGUUGUCGCUGUCAAGCGCGUGCGGAUCUCACAGAUCUCCGAGAAUGGCCGCAAGCAGGCGGAUAAUGAGGUAAUUCUGCUAAAGUCGCUAUACCACGUAAACAUUGUACGCUUUUACGACCAUUUCUUGGCUGAUGACGAACUCAACAUUGUCAUGGAGUACUCGGAUGGCGGCAAUUUACGUCAACUUGUGAAGCUGCGCUCGCGUGAAAGGAUGGGACCCUUCCCCGAGCCUGUUAUUAUGAGCUGGUUCGCGCAGCUUGUUUUGGCUGUGGCUUAUAUUCACGGCAAAAACGUGCUGCAUCGCGACCUCAAGGCGCAGAAUGUCUUCCUCACACACAAGAAUGUGGUAAAACUAGGCGACUUUGGUAUUUCCAAGGCGUUGGCUGGAGAUGAUACAGCUAACACAGCUUGUGGCACACCCGAGAGCAUGUCACCUGAAAUCUGCCGGGGCGAGCCGUACGGCAAAAAGUCAGAUAUUUGGUCACUUGGAUGCAUUUUGUACGAGAUGAUCAUGCUUCGACGCCCAUUCGAGGCUUCUACGCUUCCGGAAAUCUUUAGUAAAAUUUGUAAGGGCGAGUUCCCGCCCAUCCUGCCUUCCUUCUCGCGUGAGUUGCGUCUUCUCGUGCAGCUUAUGCUGCAGCAGGACGCAUCAAAGCGUCCGUCAAUUGAAGACAUCUGUCGAUUCCCGUUCGUGCAAGCGCCCAUUCAAGCCUUCUUGUCCGAACAUGUAUCGGAAUUUCAAGAGGCGUUGGAGCUCGAGGCCAAGUUGCACCAGCCUUCUCUGUACAGCACUGGUGUAGGCAAUCCACCACUUUCGCCUGUGUCGCCAAGCCUCCGUCGUCGCAAUCACAACAGUAGUAGCGAAACGCCAUCGAACGGGUUUGGCGACUCACUUUUAGAGUCGGUUUCUCCUGUUUCGACCCGUAGUGAUGGCUCGAACAAAGCUGGAUUCAACAAUGGAAAUUUGCGCACUUCCGCGAUUGCUUCUGUUGCCAUUGGACUUGCUGCCAAACCGGUCCCUAGUUCUGGCCGUCCGCUGCAAAAUAGUGACUUAGCAAAAAUUUCGGCGGACUCUCCAGGAUACAUAGAGGAUACUUUUGCCGACAAGCUGCGCGCACAGGUAACUAUUGGCGACGUUCGUGUUGGACUUUUCACUACAUACACGGCGUGCGUUUCUGCGAGUGAGCUAGUAAAUGUACUGAAGACAAAUUUCAAGAAGACAAAUGAGGAGGCCGCUUCGAUUUUGUCUGAGUAUUGGAAAAAUCGCGUACUGAAUAUCGUUUUUGCGGAAGAUAUGUCGCAUCCGGACUUAGCUGCUCAGGACACGUACCUGCGUUUCCAAGUCGACGAGCUAUUUGUCCCGCUGAACAUGAAAUAUGUUUGCGUUGAAGAUGUCCAGCAAGGUGCAAUGGAAGUUUGUCUUCGUGUUCGUGAAGCGAUAGCAGACCUCCAUGCGCUGAAGUCUUUUCCGCGCGGAAUUGCCACCGGGUUUAGCCUUCCAAACCAUGUGUCCGUGACGGGAAGCAGCGCGACCGUAUACUUUGACGCCCCUCUUUGUCAGAAGUAUCGUCGCUUCUUGAAGCUAGCGUCGAAACUACAAAAGGUGGACGUAGGCAGCCUUCCCAAGCACGAGCGUCAGCCGUUCUUCAUUAAUAUUUACAACACUAUGGUGCUUCACGGUCUCAUCGAGUUUGGUGUGCCGCAGAAUAUUGGCCAGUACAAGGCAUUUGAACGGGAUGUGGCUUACACGUUUGGUGGUUUGGACUUUACGUUAGGUGAUAUCAAGCACGGCAUCUUGCGUUGCAACCGCAAGCCUCCAUCAAACUAUUGGGAGCGCCAGCUGCAGGCUCAGGACCCAAAAUUGCAGUUUCGACUACACAUUCGUGAUCCUCGCUCACUAUUAGUGCUGAUCGACUGCGCGGAACCUCUUCCAAGUGCCGAAGACGUCCCGAUUUUGAAGCCUGGACGAACGGACACAGACCUAGAGGAACAGGCAGAAAGCUUUUGUAAGCGUUUGGUGGAGAUAAACGAGCGUGCUGGAGAGAUUGUGCUACCGCGUGUGUUACGUAUCUUUCGUGACGAUUUCGGGUCUUCGGAGGCUGAAAUGGUGUCGUGGCUGGAACAGUACAUGAGUAAUGCGCCGCCUAACCUGGUGAACUACCGCGUGAGGUAUCACACGGGUAUUUCAUCGUGA